AUGACUUUGCCCAUUCCUUCUUCUAUAUAUAUACAUAUAUGUGAAUAUGGAUAUGAAACUCCCAGUGUGUGCUGUGGCCCGCUGUGCAGCUGGGAUAUCCCCGAACCGGAGAACAGAACAGAGCACCCGAUGGCUGCUGCCACCGUCUCUCCCCGUCUCUCCCCGUCUCCCCCCGUCACCGUCGCCGCCUCCUGGCGACGCCCACCGCGUGCAGCCCGCGUUUUCUGCGUUCAGCGGCGGUGGCAGCAGCGGCAGCAACGGCGCGUGGGGACAGCCAAUCAGCGGCGAGCGGGGGACAUUCAGCGGGAAAAGGAGAGGAAUUUCGUGGGGGUGGCUGUCGUGCGGCGUGACGUAGAGGGUAACCCCGUUCCUCAUUUAUACGAAGCGACCGACCGGCAGACAGGGCGUGUGCCGUUACAGCCGCUAUAUCCCUCGAGACGGAGGGGAGGCACGGUGGGCAUCGAUAUCGUAUAA